AUGGAGCAUAGGGUUAUGCUUGUGAAACCUAUAACGAUUAUUGAGAUUGAAAAAGCUCUUAAAAGCAUUGGUGAUUUGAAAGCCCCCGGGAUUGAUGGGUUUGGAGUAAAAAAAUUUAAAGCCUCAUGGAACUUGGUGAAGGAUGAUGUGAUAAAAGUGGUGAUGGAUUUAUUUGAAAAGGGUGUGAAGGAGAAGAAAUUCAACAGUACUUUGGUGACUUUAAUACCUAAGCAUGAGCAUGCCAAGUCUAUUAAAGAAUACAAGACGAUCUCUUGUUGUACUACUAUGUACAAAAUCAUAUAA